AUGCCAAAUCAGGUGACGAAUCAAGAUUUGGCAGACACAUACCAGCCUCCCUUUGAGAAGUGCAUCAAAGACGGAAGAGCAAGCGGGAUUAUGUGUGCUUACAAUCGAGUCAAUGGAGUUCCAAACUGUGCUAACCGCGACCUUCUAACCAAUACAUCUCGCAAACUAUGGGGAUUUCGUGGGUACAUUACAUCGGAUUGUGACGCCGUGUCAUUAAUUCACGAUAGUUAUCACUAUGCACAAUUGCCUGAAGAUGCAGUUGCUGAUGUGCUCAACGCAGGCAUGGACAUCGACUGCGGCACGUACCUUCAGCGCUACACGAAAUCCGCAAUCGAGCAAAAAAAGCUCUCCGAAUCCCAAAUCGACCGAGCCCUCCACAACCUGUUCGCGGUCCGUAUGAGGCUCGGUUUAUUCAACGGCGACCCGAAAGGCCACCGGUUCGGCAAAAUCGGUCCCCACCAAGUUUGCUCGGACGAGCACCAAAAGCUCGCCCUCGAGGCCGCAACAAACGGCAUUGUUCUACUAAAGAACUCCAAAAAUCUCCUCCCUUUCGACAAGUCCCGGACUCAUAGCCUAGCUGUCAUCGGCCCCAACGCGAACUACGCCUACGUGCUUCUUGGGAAUUACGAGGGGUCUCCUUGCAAAUCCGUGGAGAUCUAUCAUGCGUUGCAGGGUUACGCGGGAGAGGUGUUGUACCACAGUGGGUGUAAUGAUGGCGUGAAAUGUACCUACGCUGACGUGGCGGGCGCGGUUGACGUGGCGAAGAAGGCGGACCGUGUGGUUUUGGUGAUGGGUUUGGAUAAUGGUCAGGAGAAGGAGGACGAGGAUCGCGUGGAUCUCGUGCUGCCAGGUCAGCAGGAGAUGCUCGUGAGUGCGGUGGCAGAGGCUUCGAACGAGCCCGUUGUGCUCGUUUUGGUUUGUGGUGGGCCUAUCGAUGUUGGGUUUGCGAAAGAUGAUGAGAAAAUCGGGGCGAUAAUUUGGGCCGGGUACCCGGGCGAGGCUGGUGGGGACGCGAUUGCGCAGAUCUUACUUGGCGAGCACAAUCCAGGAGGGAAAUUACCGAUGAAUUGGUAUCCGAAAGAGUUCGUUAGUGUGCCGAUGACCGACAUGAGAAUGAGGGCCGAUCAAGCAACGGGUUACCCAGGGCGUACUUACCGGUUUUACAAGGGAAAAACGGUGUUCGAUUUUGGCUAUGGACUUAGCUACACGAACUAUAGCUACAAGUUCUUGGCUACCACUCCAAACACUAUCAACCUAAACCGGCUAACGUCUCGUAAUUCUCAAGCGACAGGUGGUGAUGACAAGAGUUCACGUUCACUCGAUUAUCUAUCGGUUUCGAAAAUUGGGGAGGAUGCGUGUGAAAGUAUGAAGUUUUCGGCUCGUUUGGGAGUGGAGAAUACCGGGAAUAUGUACGGAAAACAUCCGGUUUUGCUUUUCGUUGCGCAUGAGGCUGAGACUGAGGGGAGUAUUGGUGGCAGACCUGAGAGACAGCUGGCGGGGUUCGAGAGCGUGAGCCUGAAUGCGGGAGAAAGAAUGGAAGUGGAAUUCGUGUUAAAUCCGUGCUUGCAUCUUGCAACUGCUAAUGAAGAUGGUGAGAUGGUUAUAGAAAGGGGAUAUAGGAGGUUAAUGGUGGAGGACAAAGUAUAUGCUGUUAAGGUUGUGUUUUGAAUACGUGAAAAUAUACAAAAUCAGUAACUUAGUAAGAAAGCUGCCUGUAGAGAAAGAAAAGGAGAUGAGACGAGUUCAUGUUUUGAUGUUUUGGAAUAAUGAAAAAUGAAAGGACAUGUUGUUUUAACUAUUUUUGUUUAAGUCAUACUGUGUUAAACUCUGAUAAAUUACGAAGAUUUUAUUUAAGCUUGGAUGUAAGUUUGGGGAAAAUGCAAUUUUAUAUGUUGUUGUUUCUCGUGUAGCUAAUAGAAAGUAGUUGAAAAUAUUAGUUUUGUGGGAUGACGAGUUGUCUAAAAAUUAAAUUAAUAACGUUUUGUAUAAGGAG